AUGAACAUUAAAGGGCUGUUCGCGCUAGCACUACUGCAAGUGGCCGAUUUCAGCACCAAGCUCCUUAACGUCGUGAACGCUAAGCGGGCGGAGAAGGGUCUAAAGCCCGUCUGCAUCAACUCAAAGCUUGCCAAGGCGGCGCAGAUUCUUGCGGACGACAACGCCAAGAAUAACAAGGUCAGCACUCGUGGAUCGGACGGCUCCACUCCUACGUCGCGGUACAAAGCUCAGGACAUUUACCCCGAACAGUCUGCAGAGCUCGCCGCUGCCGGUCAGGCCAGCGCGGACGCUGUGGUGGCCACUUGGAUCAAAUCUUCAAGCGCGUACCUCUUCAGCGACUUAAAGUUCAUCGGCCCUGGUUACGCCUACGACAAGACCAAGCUGUACAAGCACUACUGGGUCAUGGACAUGGCCAAUGCUGAUGGUGAGGUCUGCGCUUAG